AUGUCUGCGUUCCCGCCACGCGUGCCCGCUCCCCACAAGGUGCCCGUUCCUGUAAAGACAUUUUCAGGCGACGUCGCGAGUUUCAACAUGACCGUCGGCAAAAAGACGGAGGUACCCGUCGAGAACAUUAACUACGCCCGACCCGCCUCGUGGCCGACCCUGGCAGCAACUGCCGCGGAGAAGGCGAUGGAGGAGGCAAGGAUCGCACACCUCGAGGUUUCCAAACGCCCCCAAAACACGAUGGUCUCACGCACAGCCCCUUUCCAGACCACGAUACCGUUCAACCGCGAGGAUGUCACCAUCGAGACCAUUCUGAACGUCGUCAAGGACAACAAACUGUCCUACUACCUAUUUCAUCCCGAAAUAAGCGGCUGCCUCUGGUGGCAGCUUACUCUUGUAGAGAAGCUAGAGGCGAUGGGUCUCCUGGAGAAAGGUUCAAGAGAUAUGGUCGUCGACAAAAUAUCAAAGCAGCAUGCUUCCGGGGGUCCGCUGGCGGACGUCCUGGUCAGUCGGGCAAAGUCGAAAAAAAAACCCUUUGAACCCGUCGAAGGGGUGUUCUACAAACUGACCUGA